UCGAACGAAGAGAGCAAUUGCCGCCGUUUUGGACACUCAAUUCUUCUGCCUUGAUAUUACUCGCAACUACCUUCCAACGUAAUUAUCUCCUCCCUUUGUUUUCAGAAAUUCCAACCCGUUUUCUCUUCAAAGCCCUAAUCAUCAACUGGUUGUCUACCUGUUUCAAUCCUUUCCUGAGUCCUGACCAUCUCCAAACCUAAAACCAGUUGGUUCUUUUAUGUGUUCCAUCGUUUCUCUGCUCAAAACCCAGAAUUUUGUUGUUGUUGUUUUUUUUUGCUCCAAACCGCUCUUUCCAUGCUUUCUCCAUCUGGGCUUCUUAUCUUUGCUUGCAUUUUAUUCAAAACUCAAACCUGAAGUGUGUUUUCUGGUUUAAGUGUUGGUGGUAGAAGAACAAACUAUAGGGGUUACGACCCCAAGAAGGGAAUCGAUGAAAAGAAGGCGGGAAGAGGAGCUUCAGGAGGUGGAUGAUAUGGAGAGUCAUCACGGAAGGAAAUGGACGAAAGGCGAAACGAUUGGAAGAGGAAGCUUUGGUACGGUUUCCUUGGCCAGGGCGAAGAGACGGAAUACGCGUCAAAGCUAUUUCCCGCCUGUAAUGGCCGUGAAGUGGGCCGAGGUCUCUCGCUCGUGUUCGCUUCAGAAGGAGAAAGAGGUUCUUGCCAACCUCGGUAGAUGCCCUCACAUUCUUCAUUGCUUUGGAGAUGAAAUCACCACCGAGAAUGGUGAGAUGAUCUAUAACAUGUUGUUGGAGUAUGGGUCAGGAGGUACCCUAGCCGAUCAGAUAAAGAAGGCGAAAGCGAGUGGUGGGUUGCCGGAAUCCGACGUCAAGCGUUAUACCAGGUCGAUUCUUGAGGGGCUUAAUCACAUUCAUGCUCGGGGUUACGUUCAUUGCGAUAUCAAGCCUGAAAAUAUCCUUCUCAUGUCUCCUCCUGCAUCUCCUUGUUGUUCUUCGAGGAAGAGGAAGAGAAAAAGCCGAGGUGGUGACUACGUUGUGAAGAUUGGGGAUUUUGGAUUGGCAAAGAAGGUGUACCAGAACAAGAGGAAGUUGUUGGAGCCCUGCUGGAGAGGAACUCCUUUAUACAUGUCGCCAGAAUCCAUUAUCGAUAAUAUACAGGAGCCUCCAUCGGAUAUAUGGGCUCUUGGGUGCCUUGUGGUAGAGAUGGUAAGUGGGAAGCCGGUAUGGGAUUCUGAACCAGACGUGGACGUCGAUGAUUUUCUCUCACAGAUAUGUUUGGGCCGUGAGUUGCCGAGGAUACCAAGUGAGAUGUCGAAAGAGGGGAAAGAUUUUCUGAAGAGAUGUUUUGUGAGGACGGCGAAGUAUAGGUGGACGGCUGAUAUGCUCUUGCUUCACCCCUUCAUUGCAGGAGAGGGUGUUCAAGAAGUAGGGGAGGUUCUGUGUUCUGAGCCAUCAACAAGCGUGGUUUCGUCUUUGUGGUCGUGUUCUUUGACUGAUUACUACAUCCAACAAGAAGAGGCAAGAGCACAAACCAGUUCCUCCUCUUCCAUAAAUGACUGGAACCUUCUAGGUGAAGCAGAUUCCCCUGUUUCUUCUUGGUCAGAAGAUGUUGAGUCAUUGAAGGUUCAUGCUGUUGGGAAAACUGCAGAAGAAGAGAUUAAAGUAUAUAGGAAGAGAAGGAAGUAUAACACGUCUAGUGAUGCAUUUAAGACAUCACCUCAGUCUUCAUCAAGUACAGGCCAGCAGCAGUGGUCCAAUCGGAACCUUGCAGCAUCACCCGAGUCUAUUCUUGCCAUCCCUGCAGACAUUUAGUGUUGAAUUAUGCAUAUAUAAGAGGAUAAGUGAUGAGUCUAUUUUCAUAAGUGGUAGGUUUUGAUAGGUCAGCAUCCGUACGAGGUCUUUGACAUUCUCUUUCCAUUCUUUCAAAAUUGGUUAAAUCAAUUCAUUCAUUGUAAAUCUUGGAUACAGAAUUACAAUUUGAUUGACUUAAUGAAAUUCCUUGUUUUUGUUAA